UUGGCCUUGAUGGCCCGUUCGUUCCUUUGGGUCGCCUUACAACAUGUCGUCUUCCGCUGGUUCUGACAGUCCUGGAGAGGGUAGUGAUCUUAUCCUUGAGUACUAUCAAGGCGACCAGCUGAGUCGAUACACUGCUUUGGCCGGCUUUGCUAUAUUAUUGUAUGAAUAUUUGAUCACUUUCGACCGAGAGGUUCGCUAUGUCUCGGAACACAAACGAACUUGGGCAAUGGCGGUGUUUGUACUCAACCGGUACAUCAGCCUCCUCCAAUCUUUGGCGACUCUUCUCUCUACCUUGCUACCUGUGAAUACCUUCGUUUGUAUAUAUAUGACGCGUACCAUAGCCGCAUGUCAGAUCCUACUUUACGUCGUCUGGGCAGUGUUCUCCGCCUUGAGGGUUUAUGCUUUCAGUGGCAACAAUGCUACUGUCGUUGUUGUCGUCGUCGUGCUUUCGUUAGUCCCGGUUGCGACAAACACUGCACUGUCUGCCGUCACUUGGAUCGAGGUCGACCCCUUAUUGCCCUCUUCAAACAUCAACUAUUGCAGUGAGGAGUACAACAUCACUCCCCAGGUGUUCGCGGACCUCGGUUUGCUCACGCAUGUCCCGCUCCUACUCUCGGAGGCCAUCGUGAUUAUAGUGACCUUCGUGCGAACGUGGAACCUGGCGCCAAGGCGUGACAAGUCCUCAAUGGUCGAGUUAGCACGGCUGGUUCUGAAGGAAGGAAUCCUCUACUUUCUGGCCAUGCUCUUGAUCAACAGCACUCUGAUUAUUUCAGACUUCAUCCUGGACGCCAACUUUGCGGUCGCUUGUGUUAUAUUCGGCCUGAUGGUUCCUGUACUCGUCUCCCGCUUCUAUCUAGACUUGGACCGCAUACGCAGGGCCGAAGAUGCACGAAAAGCGGAGGAGAAACGUCGGGCCGAUCCGGAGAGAACCAAGUCGUGGAAGAUAAAGCCUCUUCCUCCUCUCCCCGAAGACGAGGGCGGUGAGAAGGUCCGCUACGUGGAGGAGGUGUUCCAGUACAACGGGCGAUUACGAGGAAAGAACGCCAUUCUGUUAUAGACGGCGAGCCGUGCAGGUCCACGUCCAGAUACAGCUGGAAUCUGCUAAUUUAUCAUGUGGGAGCUUGGUCUCAAUCCACGCGUUGUCUUCGUUGUUUUUUUGUCGUACCGUAGACCGCAGUUGUUCUUCUGUUCGUUGCUUAUCACUUCGCCGGCCGUACGGUGCCGUUGUAUCAUGAAUUUUCGGGGUUGAAAUAUGUAGCAG